UGAGAGAGAGCGAAAGGGAGGAGGAGAACAGGGUGAGCUAAGGGAGGGGGAAAACGGCGUAUGCUUGUAUACAACAACCCCUGAUUUCCAUUUUUUCCCCAACUCGUAAUGUAUUUAAUUCAAGUGAAACGUAAUCAUGACGUGUCCUGUCAUUAAUCCGCCCGCCGCCUCUCCCAGGACUAAAGGAGGUGGCCAUCAAAGCAGUGUGUCCCCCGUCUGCCAAGAAACUGAAACAUGGAAUAGCAGUAAACACACGACUGAGAAUGGAUUCUCCUCCUGAAUGUGUGUUGGCUCUUUCAUGUGAGCUGCCCCAGUCACCCCCAACACUACCAUCGCUGGACCACAGUCCCCUGGCCUCCCCUCACUCUACCUCCCACCUCUCCCCUUCACACAGCCCCCUGGACCUGCCCCUAGCCCAUAGCCCCUCAGCCCUGUCCCACACACCAGAACCCCUGUCGAACACCCUAGACACCACCCCCUACUUCCCCUUCUCCUCCUUCCCCCUCAACCACCACAAUGAGGAAGAGGAGGAGGAUGAAGAGGAGCUGUCAGCCCCUCCGUCCCCCACCCCGGCCGUGGCUCUCUUCCUGGGGGGUCUUCCGGGGGUGUGUAGCCCCUCUUCGGAGAGCUCUCCUCCGGUCACUCCGACAUCAUCGGCCCCUCUCCCUGGGUUCGGGGCCCUGGAGCUGGCCCUGUCCUCCGGGCAGCAGGGUGCCACCUGUAGUGAUGAGCUAGACCUCCAGCUCUUCCAUAAGGAUGGGGGGAGUCUGUUAGGGUCUCUGCCCGGGAGGAAGGGUGUUUCUAGGGGAGCGGCUGGCCUCAAGUUCCCCUGUCUGGAUUGUGGGAAGAGAUUCCGCUUCCAGAGUAUCUUGUCACUCCACGCCCGCGCUCACAGUCUGGACCGGGACCGCCGCGCCUCAGCUCUGUACCGCAACACCGGCACCAUGACCGGGAGCAUCAUUGGGACGGUGUCCACGGCGCAUCUCAAAGCCCACCAGAACCACAACGACGUGGGACAGAACCACCACAGCCACCGCCAGAGUCCCCUGCUGUCUGUAUCUCUAACUCAGGGACUGAGAGGGGAGGAUGGGGAUGGGGAUGGGGAUGCUCUAGAGGAGGCUCUGCAGAUGGAUCACCAGAUCCUCCAGCCGUUCCUAAUGGAUGACAGCACACCGCUGAGCUCUCCGCUGACCGAGGAGGUGCCCCUCUCCCUCACCUCCCCCUACUCCUCUUCCUGCGGCCUGGGUGGCACGGGUCCUGCCAUCUUAGAAGAAGCCGCCCUGGCCACAGCGGCAGCGCCCGCAUUCCGCUGCCACGCCUGCAAGGGUAAAUUCCGCACGGCCUCGGAGCUGUCUCGUCACGUCCGCAUCCUUCACAACCCGUACAAGUGCACCCUGUGCUCCUUCUCUGCCAGCCAGGAAGAACGCCUGGCCGCACACCUCCACGACAGCCACCCCUCCCUGUCCCUCUCCCCCCCGGUGGAAACACCCAUCCCAGACACUCUCGUUCCCACCCCCAACCCGACCCCCACCCUGGCCCCAGGGGCUCCGCCUCUGCCGGCCUUCCGCUGUGAGACGUGCGGCCAGCGCUUCACCCAGUCCUGGUUCCUGAAGGGCCACAUGAGGAAGCACAAGGAUUCUCUGGACCACAAAUGUCAGGUGUGCGGCCGUGGCUUCAAGGAGCCUUGGUUCCUCAAGAACCACAUGAAGGUGCACCUCAACAAGCUGGGCCUGAAGGCAGGGCUGGGGGGGCUGGUGGCUCCUGUGGCCGGGGCUGAACAUAGAGGCCCCAAAGGCUCGGUCACCAGCCAGGGCCUCAACGCUCUCUACUCCAGUCUCUUGCUGGCUCGUGGUGGAGGGGGGAGAGGGGGACGAUCAAGGGCUGAGCGGGACGGCGCCGGAGUCUCUAGUAAAUCGGCCAUCUUGGGCUACCUGGGGUUGCCCAGCGAUGGCGGUGGCGGCGCCAGCUGCAUGGAACGGCUGCAGGCCGUGGCUCAGGUGGCGGAGAUGGGGAAUGGGAGCGGAGGAGGAGGGGGAGGAGGAGGAGAGGCAGCGGGAGAUGGAGGGGACCAGAUAGCCAUGUGGCAGCUGGUAGCCCGUAGCCUAGUAGCAGCUCAACAGGCCCAGCAAGCCCAGCAGGCUCAGAGGCAGAACCAGAGGACCCAGCACCUGCACCGAGCCCCAUCCAGGAGCUCCGUGGUGGGGGAGGCUGAGCAGGUCAGGGCCUACCUUGGAGGUCUGGAUCCCCGAGAGGAGCCUCCGUCCUCCGGAGCCCCAUGGGAGUGCCCCGACUGUGGGAAGCUGUUCCGGAGCCUGCAGCAGGUGGUGGCGCACGCCCGCGUCCACGUCCAGCGGCCCCAUAAGAACCACGGUCACCCCCCGCGCUACGCCGGAGGAGGAGAGGAGGAUGGAGGAGCGAGUCGGAGUGGGGGAGGACGAGGAGGAGCUGGAGCUGGAGGAGGAGGUGGGAGAGAAGGUAGUAGCGAGGGAAGACAGGAGUCCAAACUUCAAAGUGGACCUCAACAUCAGUCAACAGCCGGAGGAGGGUUCCACUCAGUGAUGUCACAGUUCCAAGGAGAGAACGGUCUAUCUGGGUCAUCUUCAGGUUCGUCCGUGACUUCUAGGGAGCGUGUGCGAGGCACAGGGGUGAAAGACUGCCCCUAUUGCGGUAAAGCUUUCCGCUCGUCCCAUCACCUUAAAGUGCAUCUGAGAGUUCACACAGGGGAGAGACCGUAUAAAUGUCCCCACUGUGACUACGCGGGAACCCAGUCAGGCUCUCUAAAGUACCAUCUCCAGAGGCACCACAGAGAACAGAGGAACGCCAUGGGGGCCUCUUCAUCCACCGCCUCCUCCCCCGGCCUCACUUCUGCCUCUCUGGGAGGUGGUGGAGGAGCUCCACGGGGGGAGGGAAGGGAGGGGAUGGCCAAACAGCGCCGGCCCCAGAGCUUCACCCAUGGCUCAGCCGCCAGAACCCCGGCAGAGACCGCAUCCUCCAGGCACAACCAGCACCAGCCCUGGAUCCUGGGCCUUCCCGAGCAGAGAGACAGGGACCAUGGAAAGGCCAUGGGAGGACUGAGGGAGGCAGAUCUGGAGAGCCAGUACCGGUACCUAUCCGGGGUGAUGGGGGCGCUGUACCAGGGGGGGAUGGAGGGAGGGUGGACGGGGGAGUCCCCUACCUCCACCCCCACCCCGCCCCCGCCAAAGGCGCCCAAAGUGUCCCGUCGCAAACCACUCACCACCAGCCGCAUGGUGCCAGCUAACGGGAGGGAGCGGAUGGGAGGGGGAUCAGCUCGGGGCACCCAGGAGGGAGGCUUGUUGUCCCAGCCCCUGGAUCUCUCCCGCCGCCCCUCCCCUGGGCUCGGAGGUCUGGAGGAGGAUGGAGUACCGGGAGGGGGUGGUGGAGGAGGAGGAGGAGCAGGGGUCACCCUUAACCAGUGCCUGUUCUGUCCCUUCCGUACCUGCUCAGCCGAGCUGAUGGCCAUGCACCUCCAGGUCAACCACACCAGCAAAUCCAGGCGUAAGAGGGGGGCCCACAACCCCAACUCCCUGGGGGAACACGGGCCCCAGAGGCCACCCCAACCCCGGGCUGACCCAGACCCCCUAGCCCUGUGGAGGUACCUGAGCGAGAGUGAAGAUAGGGCCCCCCUCGAGGAAUGGGCCUCAUCCAGGGUGGAGAGGGAGAGAGGGAUGGAGAAUGGCCUCACCCCAGAGGAAGUGGACCUAGAGGGCAGCUACAACCUCCACCACCCCCUGCAGGCUUCUAACCAGGCCUCCACCACACCCAGGAACACAAGGAGUGGCCUCGCUGGCCUGGGGCAGGAAGGCAAGCUGGAGGAGGAUGGGGAAGAGGAGGAAGAAGAGGAGGAAGGAGAAGAGGAGGAUUUGGAAAGGGAGAGCAGUAGUCCAGGGGAUUCCCCUACAGAGCAUGGGAUGAGGAUGUCUCUCUCCAUGUCAACUGCCCUCGGCUCUGACCGUCUUACACGAGAGGAGGAAGCAGUGAUGGGAGACUAAACGGCAACAACAUCAUCCUGCAGAGAAGAUGGGGAGAGGGAGUUCAACUAGACAGUGCAGAAGUUUAGGAGUCAAAUGUUAGGGGUCAUUAUAUCACUUCCUUGUUCUCUUACAUACAGCAGUUCAGGGUCAUUGACAUGGUAAGUCCGCUGACAAGUAUAACUAAGGACCACGGACUGAGAUGCACCUCCAUUGAGAGGGUUGUGUAAACAUCAUCUCUCCUAAGGAAAAAAAUCGUACAUUUUUCUCUCGCCUUUUAAUAUUUACAUCCCGGGAGUUCAGUGCAGUCCUCUUGAUUUUCUCAACCAACCACAACCCCCCUUGUACAUACAGACAGUGCAGUGUGAAUCCUUUCUCUUCAGGACUUUUGAGGCCUUGAGUUCUAUAUUCCAGAGUUUCCUGUUUUCCAUUCCAUCUCCUAUCAAGAGGGCUAAUUAUGAUGAUUUGCUCGAGAUCGUCCUCUGGCUGCUGUUAAGUCUUAACAUUACUAUGUGAGAACAAAUAAACUGUAACAUUCUACCA